CGUUGUCCUGCCCACCGCCAGCCCCUCCUCUGCCCCCCGCCGGCCGCCCACCUCCAGCCCCACCUCUACCCGCCGCCCUCCUCUGGCCGCCUCCCCUCCUCUGGCCGCCGCCCAGGCACCCACCGCCAGCCGUCGAGGCCUGCACCGCCCUCUAAUCACCGCCCAGGCGUCCACCUCUGACUGCCGCCCACCUCCAGCCGUCGAGGCUUCUGGUGGAAACUCGUUUGCUAAGAUGGAAGAGGGCAAUGACUACUAUGUUGUUAGGAAAGGUGAUGUGGUGGCAGUUUACAAAACUCUAAGUGAUUGCCAGGGUCAGAUUUGCUCUUCGGUAUCUGGUCCUGCUGCAAGUGCCUACAAGGGUCACUCUUGGAGCAGAGGAAAGGAGGAAUACCUGUCUUCACGGGGACUAAGUGAUGCUACAUACGUAAUCAAUGCAGCCGAACUCAGGGAAGAUAUACUUGGCCCCCUUGUGCCCUGUAGUUUCCAGGACAUACUUGGUUCUAGUUCAAAUCAACUGGCUCCAAAUCAUAUAGGCUUCCAUAAUGUUAUAGCAUCUCAGACUGGAGCACAAUAUGUUGAUCUGAACCAUGAAGCCAGAUCUAGUUCAUCCAGACAUAUCUCACCAGCAAAUUUCAAUCAUACCGGAACUGUUGAUGCACAACCUAUCUCAAAACAAUACAUGGUGGGUAUUCUUCAUUUUGAUGGUGCUUCAAAAGGGAACCCAGGUAAAGCAGGUGCUGGAGCUGUGCUUAUGACUGAAGAUGGAAGAGUGAUAUCUCGGCUUCGUGAGGGUCUUGGUGUCGCUACUAAUAAUGUUGCUGAGUAUCGAGGCCUGAUCUUAGGACUGAAAUAUGCGAUUCGGCAUGGAUUCAAGAGAAUUAAAGUACAUGGGGACUCUCAACUUGUCUGCAAUCAGGUGAAUGGUGUUUGGCAAACGAAGCAGCCGAAUAUGAUGGAGCUGUGCACUGAAGCGAGAAAGCUAAAAGAGAACUUCCAUUCCUUUGAGAUCAUCCAUGUUCGACGGGAGUGGAAUGCUGAGGCGGAUCGUCAGGCGAACAUCGGUAUCACGCUUGCAAGUGGCGCCGUGUUUGAGGAGCGUGGUGACAUCUGAUACAUAGCUAGCAACGUAUGUAUUUAACUAACUAGCUUGACCUUUGACUUGCACCUUUGUCGAGCUUCUAUGCUGCUCUGCAGCAGCCAUCAGGAGCUGAGGUGAUGGCCUGCCGUCUAGUAGGCACUAUAUCCAAUUACUUUACACUAGUUGGACCUAUUUCACCAUCAAGCUGCUACGGAAGCCUGAUUUCUGCUAUGGGGCCUCAGUUUGAUGUGAAACUGUGCUUUGGAAGCUUGAUGUUGCUCGAUAAGUUGAUCUAUGAAUGGAGAAUUUUAAUUUGUCAGCUAGCCUUUAGAUCGCUAUUUAGAUUUUGGAUUUGAACACUCUUUGAACUAGCAUCCUUAGGCUAUCUUCAACACCUUACUCAUAAUCAUACUCAUAUUCAAACUUUAU